UACAAUGGCGGAAGCUUCUGACUCGGAAAUGGGCUCUCCGGAGAACGAAGCUCUCAUCUCCGCUGCUCAAAACCCUAGCUCCUCUGACUCCGAUUCCGACUCCGACGUCGGAGAAGCCGAAGAGCUUCUCCGACUCCAAACCCUAGAAUCCGAAGUCUCCAGCGACCCCUCCAAAUACGACGCUCAUGUCGAAUACAUAAAGUGCCUUCGCAAAUUGGGCGAAAUCGAGAAGCUUAGAGAAGCCAGAGAGGCCAUGAGCGCGCUCCAUCCAUUGACCCCUCUCAUGUGGCAGGAAUGGGCUCGAGAUGAGCGAACGGCUCGGCCUGAGGCUUUUCUUGAAAUUGAGAAGCUCUAUGAGAAAGGAGUCUUCGAUUACCUGUCUGUCCCUCUUUGGUGCGACUACUUAAAUUUUGUUCAAGAACAUGAUCCAGCAGUUCGCGAAUGUUCAUCUGGAGGGAUUUUGAAGGCAAGAAACCUGUUUGAGCGUGCACUUACAGCAGCUGGUCUGCAUGUUGCUGAAGGAAGUAAAAUAUGGGAAGUAUACAGGGAAUUCGAGCAAGCUAUCCUUCUUACUAUAGAUGAAAAUGACAAUGAGGCAAAAGAAAAGCAGGUCCAGCGCAUCCGAAACAUAUUCCAUCGUCAAUUGUCUGUUCCCCUUGCUAACAUGAGGUCAACACUUCUUGCCUUCAAGGCUUGGGAAGUGGAACAAGGCAAUGUUCUUGAUGUAAAUUCUAGCAGUAUGGAUGGGAUUUCAUCUCAUGUUGCCUCUGCAUACCGGAAGGCGAUGGAUAUGUAUGAUGCUCGUGCCCAUCUUGAAGAACAAAUAGUGAGGCAGGAUAUUUCUGACUCAGAAAGACAUCAACAAUUCCUAAACUACUUGAAUUUUGAACAGUCUUCUGGUGAUCCAGCUCGAGUUCAAAUUCUGUAUGAACGUGCUAUUACCGAGUUUCCAGUGUCAAGGGAUCUCUGGCUUGAUUAUACUCAGUACUUGGACAAAACAUUGAAGGUAGCCAAUGUUGUUAGGGAUGUAUAUUCCAGGGCUGUAAAGAACUGUCCCUGGGUUGGAGAGCUUUGGGUUCAGUACUUGCUUUCCUUGGAACGUGCACGUGCUUCUGAGAGAGAGAUAUCAACAGUUUUUGACAAGUCCUUGCAAUGCACUUUUUCAAGAUUUGAGGAGUACCUCGAUUUAUUCCUCACUCGAGUAGAUGGCUUGAGGAGGAGAAUUUCACUACCUGGGCAAGAAGAGGUCUUAGAUUAUGCAUUGAUACGGGACGCUUUUCAGUAUGCAUCAGAUUACUUGUCACCACACCUAAAGUGCACAGAUGAUUUGGUGCGAUUGCAUGCUUAUUGGGCUCGUUUAGAGCUAAAUCUGAAUAAAGAUCUAGUUGCAGCUCGUGGAGUUUGGGAGAGCUUACUUAAGAACAGUGGUUCAAUGUUCGGAGCCUGGCAAGGCUAUAUUGCGAUGGAACUUGAAGCAGGCCAUAUAAAUGAAGCUAGAUCUAUAUAUAAGAGAUGCUACAGUAAAAGGUUUGCUGGGACAGGUUCAGAGGACAUAUGUCAUUCUUGGUUGCGCUUUGAGAGGGAAUUUGGCACACUGGAAGAUUUGGAGCAUGCUGUACGAAAGGUUACACCUCGUCUGGCAGAGCUACGGUUAUUUAAGUUACAAGAGUCUAAAAGUACAGCUGCAUCAACAGAUCAGAUAGAGAAUCCCCAUAAGAAAAAUGCCCGUGAGAAGAGAAAGUCAAGCUCCAGUAGAACUGAUGAACAACCUCCAGCCAAGCGGCAGAAAGAUACUGCUCAAAACCCAAAGAAAGUUGAUGGAAAAGGCAGAAUUGAAUUGGAGAACAUAGUUGCAUCAAAUGAAGAGCAAGAGCUUAAAGCUAAAGAUGACAAGCCAGAUGACAUGAACAAAAGACAAAUGAAAGGCCCCAGCCAUGAAAAGAACAAGUACUUGGACCAGUGCACUGCAUUCAUAUCAAACCUUGACCUUGAGGCAAAUUAUGAACAUGUACGUGAUUUCUUCAGUGAUGUUGGUGGAGUCACAGCUAUUCGAAUAUUGAAGGACAAGUUCACUGGAAAAUCAAGGGGACUGGCAUAUGUGGAUUUCUCAGAUGAUGCCCGCCUUGCUGCGGCUGUAGCAAAGAACAAGAAGAUGCUGCGGGGAAAGAGAUUGAGCAUUGCACGAUCAGAUCCAAAGCAAAAAGGUAAAGGAGCAGGGCACUCUAAUGAUCAAACUGGUACAGUUGGGGAAUCUGAUUCAAAAGAAUCUGGUCAAAUAUCCUCGUCCAAGGCACCUCAGGCACGUAGAGAUGACAAUUUCCAGCUCAAGGGAAGAAACACAUUUGCAGUGCCAAGAAAUGUCAGACCCCUUGGCUGGAUUGACAAGAAAAAGAAAACUGAGGAAGAGACAGACGAGAUGCCAAAAUCUAAUGACGAGUUCAGGAAAAUGCUCCUAAAGAGUUAGUUAUAUUUAGCGUACCAUUAAUAUGGUGAAGGUUAUAUGGAUGUGAAUUAGAGGCUCAUGUAAAACACCAGCUGAGAUUGUUUCUUGCUUAACUCACCAUUAUCAUAGUAUUAUGUCAAUGUACAAAAACCCCCUAAUGACAAUAUAAUCCUUUAAACGUUGUAUUUGCAAUGUCGACACAGUUAUGACCAGGAAAUGAAUGCCUGUUUUGGCAUAAAGAAAGAAUCGGUUGCACUC